CUCUCCCCCCAUUUGCCAUUUUUUCCCUCCUUCCCUCUUGAAGCUGACAUUCCUGUGGAGAAAGCUAGCACUUCACUCUCCUUCACUCUCUACCCUCUCAUACGUAUCACGAAUACCCUCUUCUUUCAAUCUCAAUCACCUCUCAAAUCACACAUUACUUGGUUCAAAUUUCUCUAUUAGUCUGACUUCAUAUAUUGGCACCAAGAACUAUCCAAGGAAUACCCAUUUCAUUUCAUUGCCUUUUUUUUUUUUUAAUUCCGAUUCUUGAUUUUGGUUCUUUAUCGAGUGAUGGGUCGUUGUGAAUUUUCGAUUUGAGACUCUAUUUCAAUGAUUCCUCGAUCCAAUCUGAAUGAUGGGUCGUUUUGAAUUCGUUUGUCGGUAACCGACAAAAGAUGCGGCGGCGGGCGGUCGAUUACCGGCGCCCGGUUCGAAGGAGGUUUUCAUGGUGGAUCUGGGGGCUUCUUGGGCUAAUCUCAGUUGUUGGAUUUGUUUUAUUUGUUGUUGUUCAUCAUCAUCCCCAUGAAGAUCGGGAUGAACAGCCAAUACUGGAUAAAAGUGAACUACUUGAACAGGUUACCCACAAGCGUCUAAAUAUUACUGAAGAAAUAUCGAGUGCCAAUUCAUAUGCUAGACAAUUAACAGAGCAAAUGACACUUGCAAAAGCUUAUGUCAUUAUUGCUAAAGAGCACAAUAACUUUCGUCUUGCUUGGGAGCUCAGUCAAAAGAUCAGAAGUUGCCAAUUUUUGCUAUCAAAGGCUGCCAUGAGGGAGGAACCCAUCACACUAGACGAAGCAGAACCAAUCAUUAAAGGCUUAUCGUCUCUAAUUUUUAAGGCCCUUGAUGCCCAUUACGACAUUGCAACCACAAUGAUGACAAUGAAGUCUCAUAUUCAAGCCCUUGAAGAGCGUGCAAAUGCAGCAACAGUUCAAAGCACAGUGUUUGGACAAUUGGCUGCCGAAGCAUUACCUAAGAAUCUCCACUGCUUACAUGUCAAACUUGUGGCUGAUUGGCUUAGAAAGAAGCCUCUACAAGAGCUUGCAGACGAGAAAAGAAACUCUCUCCGUCUUGUGGACAACAAUCUGUACCAUUUCUGCAUAUUUUCAGACAAUCUAUUGGCUGUUUCAGUUGUUAUCAACUCAACUGUCUGCAAUGCUGACCAUCCAAAGCAGCUUAUUUUCCACAUUGUGACAAACGGAGUGACCUAUGGGGCAAUGCAGGCUUGGUUCCUCAGCAAUGACUUUAAAGGGUCAACAAUAGAAGUGCAGAACAUAGAAGACUUCACUUGGUUGAAUGCUUUUUACUCUCCUAUUGCGAAACAGCUACUUGAAAUGGAUUCACGAGCCUACUACUUCAAAGGGUCCCAAGAUAUGAAAAUUGAUCCAAAGUUCCAGAAUCCAAAGCACAUAUCUUUGUUGAAUCACCUUAGAUUUUACGUCCCAGAGAUCUAUCCCCAGCUGGAGAAGAUAGUUUUUCUUGACGAUGAUGUUGUUGUCCAGAAGGAACUGACCCCUCUCUUUUCGCUGGAUUUGCACGGAAACGUGAACGGAGCAGUCGAAACUUGUCUCGAAGCAUUUCAUCGUUAUUACAAAUAUCUCAACUUCUCAAAUCCAAUCAUUAGCUCAAUGUUUGACCCACAGGCUUGUGGUUGGGCAUUCGGUUUGAAUGUUUUCGAUUUGAUUGCCUGGAGGAAAGCAAAUGUGACUGCUCGGUAUCACUACUGGCAGCAACAGAAUGUGGAUCAGUCAAUUUGGAAGCUCGGCACACUUCCUCCUGGGCUUUUAGCUUUCUACGGACUGACAGAGCCGCUUGAUCGGAGAUGGCAUGUGUUAGGAUUGGGUUAUGAUCUCAAUAUCGAUAACCGUUUGAUUGAGAGCGCAGCUGUCAUUCACUUCAAUGGGAACAUGAAGCCGUGGCUGAAGUUAGCUAUUGCCCAAUAUAAGCCUUUAUGGGAACGGUAUGUGAAUCUGACCCACCCAUAUCUCCAAGAUUGUGUCACGAGUUAAAAUUUUGUACUUUUCAAUUCUGGGUAAUUUUAUGCAAUCUCAAUACUUUCAACUUCCUGAACUGUAACCUCAUCAUUGUAGAGUCAAAGGUAGAACUUUUUUUUGCUUCGUUAGGAGUUUUCCUACCUUCUAUUUUUUCUUUCAUUAUUUUUCAUUUUGAUAUCUUGAGAAGGAAAAAAUGAUUCUUAUACACUAGAAAACAAGAUUUGUAUCGGGGCUUGGGGGAUUCGAUUUUUUGCUGAUGGGUUUUGUUGAUCUCCCAUCUGCAAGCUGUAGAAUUGUUUGUUUCUGUCGCAAUUCUUGUAAUAAUCUCUCAGCCCCUUUAAAUUACGAUUUAGUUCUUUGUUGAUCAAAACUUUAUACCAGAUAAUCUGGGAGUCAUUGUAAAUUGUUUUUUUGUAAUGCACACUCCUAUAGUUCAUACUAUUGCCUACUAUAUUUGUAGUGAUCA